UGUUUAAUAUUAAAUAUUAAAACGAAUUUUAUCACAAGAUUUGUAUAAUAUAUAAAAUUUACAAAUGGGCGUUCUACGUCAGCUAUUGUUUGGUAAAUAUCUGUUAAUAACCAACACUGUAAGUUGUGGUCUAAUGAUGGCAGCGGGAGAUGUAAUUCAGCAACGCAGCGAACAUUGGAAAAAGAAUUGUUCUCACAAAUAUUUUCCGAGCAGCGUCAUAGCAGCGUCACCUGAAAAUGAAGAGAUGACGACAAUUUCCGAUACAUCCGUGUAUGGGCACGACUAUAUGAGAACCAGGAAUAUGACAGUCGUGGGGCUGCUUCAAGGUCCAUUUCAUCAUUGGUUCUACACAAUUCUAGACAAAGUUUUUCCAGGCAGGAAUGCAAAAUCGGUCCUAAAAAAGACACUUCUUGAUCAAUCGAUCGCGAGUCCCACGUGUCUAGCGAUAUUCUUUAUCGGUCUCGGGAUCUUGGAAAGUCGUAAAAUCGAGGAGAUCUGUAAAGAAGUAAAACUGAAGUUUUGUGACACGUGGAAAGUCGACUGUUGUUUUUGGCCUCCAACACAAUGCGUUAAUUUCCUCUUUGUACCUCUGCAUUAUCGAGUACUCUAUACGAAUGCUAUGACGAUGGUCUACGAUAUUUUUUUAUCGUAUAUAAAAUAUGACGCUCACUUCGAGUGAUAGAAAUCUCAUGGCUAGUCUGAAGAAGAGAUAUGACUGUAUAAUUUGCAAAUAAUAAUUGCGAAAUAUGUAUUGUAUAUACGUCAUUAUUAAUUAUACGCAACAAAGUGCAAUAAAAUGCUGUCGGAAAGAA